GCGCCCGGGCUCGACCCCCACCGCGUCCACGCGAGGGGUGGUGGCUCAGGUUACGGCUUCUCGAAGCGGACAGAGCGAGAGAGAGAGAGAGACGCCCCCGGAUUCACGCGCACUCGCUCGCUCACCUGCCGACACGAGCUCCACAAGCUCCUGUUGGGACAUCUCAUUGAACACCAUCGAGGCGACAGGUUUUUUUUCUUCCUCCUUCUUCUCAAUUGAACCGGGCUCCAUUGUUUGAUCAGCUCAUUCAAUUGCCUCCCCCACCCCAUCCAUCCCAUUGGAACUAAAUUCACACCAGCGUGGAAGUAAUUUCGGACGCAGGUGGCAUUAAUUGGCAGGGGGGAGGGGGAGGUCAGGUGACAAAAAAACAAGAAUAGAGUUUAAAAAAAAAAUCGCAUUCGGAGGUUUUCGCGAAGCAGAGAAGAAGGGAGAGGGGACAGGAGUAGGAGCAGGGGCAGGCAAAGGUGCAAGAGGACAUCAGCCGCCUAGCCGAGAGCGAACGCCGUAGAACAAACUCGUCUACCCGGGACCCUAAACCCAUCCCGUCCAACACCCCGAGAUGGCGAACGCCGCUCUGCAGAUUGCCGGGAUCGCCCUGGGAAUCCUGGGCUGGAUCGGCAGCAUCGCCGUGACGGUUCUGCCGCAGUGGCGCGUCACCGCCUUCCUGCCCAACUCUGCCAACAUCGUGGUCGGCCAGGUGUUCUGGGAGGGCAUUUGGAUGCAGUGCGUCUCGCAGGCAACGGGCCAGCAGCAAUGCAAGGUCUACGACUCUCUGCUGGCGCUCACGCCGGACAUGCAGGCGGCGCGCGGCCUCAUGUGCGUGAGUGUGGCUCUGGGCACCCUGGCCAUGCUCAUCGCGACCCUGGGCAUGCAGUGCACGCACUGCGUCGAGAACGAGCGCGCCAAGGCGUACAUCGCCAUGUCGGGCGGCUUCCUCUUCAUCCUCGCCGCCCUCAUCGUGCUCAUCCCCGUGUGCUGGACGGCCAACGCCAUCAUCCGCGACUUCUACAACCCCAGCGUGCCCGAGGCCCUCAAGCGUGAGCUCGGUGGAGCCCUCUACCUCGGCUGGAUCGGCUUCAUGCUGGUGGCCGGAGGGGCGCUGCUCGCCUGCUCGUGCCCCCCCAAGGACGAGCCCGGGUACCGCCCGGCGAAGAGCGGCUACGCGGUGUCAGCGCCGCGCACGGUGCCAGACACGCACCAGCCGCGGAGAGCCAUGAGUACCACUUACUCCAUGAAGGAGUUUGUGUAAGGUGGGUAGGGGAGGGGGGUAGACAGACGGGUUGAUUUUGUGGGGGUGGUUUGGAUGGAUGCGGUGGGGUUGAAAGUGUGGGUUAUGCAUCUGUGCCCGGGAUGAGUUGUAUGUUUCGUACUGUCACGGCAUAGCGUCCAUCGACGGCAUUGCUGUGCCAUGUUAGAGGAACAAAAACAAGUUUUGCUGGCUGGGGGACGCGCACGCGGGCAAGUGUGCGGCGGUGACGUCGCCGCGCAAAUCUGCAAAUCUGCGCGGCGACGUCACCCGCAUCGAGUCCUGAACUAUUCGAAAUAUGAAUAAAAGUUUGUGAAUUCGGAUUUUUUUUUUAAGGACGAUUUUAGAUUUUCUUGUUUGGAUAACUUGCAUCGUGUACAAAAGUGAUGGGUGUAACGGUCUGCGGCGCACUGGACGUGCGAUCCGAUGCUCGAUAAACAACACGAGGGAGACUCUUCAAACGAAACAAACAAAAAUCUAUUAGUCAAAUAGCUUCCCUGCGGGUGGGGGAGUAAUAAUCGAUACGACGACGAUUAUAUAAAUAUUUGCGACGGCACGAUCUCCUAGAGGUGGCUCUCUCCCUCUCUGGCACUCCCUGCUCUCAUAGCAGAGGGGCCUAGAGGUGGCUCUCUCCCUCUCUGGCACUCCCUGCUCUCAUAGCAGAGGGGCCUAGAGGUGGCUGUCUCCCUCUCUGGCACUCCCUGCUCUCAUAGCAGAGGGGCCUAGAGGUGGCUCUCUCCCUCUCUGGCACUCCCUGCUCUCAUAGCAGAGGGGCCUAGAGGUGGCUGUCUCCCUCUCUGGCACUCCCUGCUCUCAUAGCAGAGGGGCCUAGAGGUGGCUGUCUCCCUCUCUGGCACUCCCUGCUCUCAUAGCAGAGGGGCCUAGAGGUGGCUCUCUCCCUCUCUGGCACUCCCUGCUCUCAUAGCAGAGGGGCCUAGAGGUGGCUCUAUCCCUCUCUGGCACUCCUUGCUCUCAUAGCAGAGGGGUCGUUCCACCAGCAGUGGAGUUGAGCAGGGAAUUGCAGGGCUGCGCCCUUUUCCCCUUGGAUUGACUGGCCACUCAAAACUUCGUGCACAGUCGCUUGGGGGGGGAGGGGGGGACAAAUGCAGUGGCGGUCGUGGUUCGGGUUUUUUAAAAGAAUAUUAUAAUUUUCGUGUGUUUUUAAAAAAAAAUGGAAAAAGACGGGUCACGUGGGGCUUUCUUGCGUCUCCUGCACCGAGAGGGAUCCUCCUCCACGCGUCACGGUGGCGGGCGACGCACGGACGCCGCUUAAACUCCACUCGACCGCCCGACUCUAGGCGGUUUUAUUCGGGAGGUGGGGGGGGGGGCGACGGACUUGAUUAUCACGUCCAGGACGCUGCUGUGUAGGAGGAGUAAGGAGGUAAGAGGAGGAAGGGGUGGAUUAUGUCGAGUGACGUUUAUAUCAAGAUUGGGACAAAUAUACAAUCUCUUGUUCACGUGACACGCAGCAGAGAAUUAUUCCUCUGGUGUGCUUUUUUUCUUUUGGGGGGGAUGAUUGUCCAACGUUUCGCUGCCCACGUGCUGUGGGAGUCUCUUUGGGAAAACAAGCUCACGUGGAACGAGACCUGAAGGAAUGGACAACAGAGGCGCUGAUUUGUUUUGAUAGGUGAAGAUGGUUCCUAAUGCUGUUGGAAAUCAACGUGUGUAUACCAGGAAUUAAAUUUCUCAAUUAAUAUGCUCGGAGUCGUUGGGAGGAGGCCGUGGUAUGUGACUGGGUCGCAGCCACGGAUGGAGAGAGAGAAGAUUAUGGAUGUGGUGUGCCGUGUACUGGAAACAUUGUUUUGCUUGUCACCGACCCGGCUGCCAAAUGUUAGUUCUGCUUGUAUAUUGCAACCGAGUAGUAGUCGUAGUAGUCACCGCCAUAGCGAGGGGUAUACUUGAUGUGGUGUGCUCGGGUGGUGAGCUGUAUAUCGGAGUUGGCCGUCGUGCGCGCGUGAAGUUCGCUUUUUAUAUUCGUUGGUCACGAGUGGCGCUGGUCGAUUCCUACACUCACACACGUCAUCGUAUUUCUUUACUGCUGUACUUGUAACGUUUUUCAGCUGUUUUAUUUUUUUUUAUAAACUACGUACACUUAUUUCUGGGUGUUUUUAAAGGUGGGCGGGGGUGGAUAUUUUUGUUGAUAUUAAUAUUACUGCUACGACAAUUUUAUUUUUUUAUAUUAUCCGCUUGAGUCAUUAUCUUGGAACUCGUUCGGAAGUUCACAAAUCCGGGGUGUGAGAGUGUGCGCGUGGCUCGGCCCAUCAUCAUCGCAUCUGUAGGGUCCGAUAAAAUGCAUGCCGCUUCCUUGAACAGCGAGGAGGGGGGGGGGUAGAGAAAGAAAAAAAUGAACCGGAAGCUCGUAUUUGUUUUGGAUGUUACUGGGUUCCCGCCAUAAGAAUGGGGAAUUUCUAUCGCACGUGCGGGUGUUCUUUUGGGUUCGGGAUGACACUUUGGCAUAACGAUGACAGAUUCGUUCGUUGUCCCUGAUCUGUCGCCCACCCAGCAUCGCCAUUCACCGACCUGUGCCUUUUUUUUGUACUCGUGGCUCAUUCCGUGUGUAUAUAAUAAUAACAAUAAAACUUGCUUUCGUUUGCCCGGAA